UCAUUUUAUAAAUAAAUAUUGAUAAUAUAUGACCUCAUUAUGAUAAAAAAAACAUUCUUCGGUGUGUGGUUCCGGGCUAUUUUAGUCAUUAUUUGUCGUGUUAUUUUAAUAAUAUUAAGCUCAAGCGUGUAUCAUACAUUUAUUGUGGUGGAAAUAUUAUUGAAUUCUAUUGUCUUUCAACAAAAACUGGCAAAGAUAUUAAAUCAAAUUAAUUAUGUUUUAAUAAGUGCAGUGACUAUUGUUUUUCAAAUAUUUUCUAAGAAGACAAUCAUGAUGAACCCAUUGAUGCAAUGGCUCCUGCGGUUUCUCGUUUCUCUAUUGGCGAUAAUAGUCUACCCUUUGACGUACUUGUUGAAUUUGAGAAGAAAUAGAAAAUGCCCACCGCCAAGGAACCCUAUACUUUUCAAAUCAGCUACAACACUAGCGAUGAUGAUAAGAAACAAACAGAUAACUUCCGAAGACGUCGUACGAGCCUACAUAGAAAGGUGUAAAGAAGUGAAUCCCUACCUAAACGCUAUUGUGGAACCUCGAUAUGAGAUAGCCAUAAGAGAAGCAAAGUCCAUAGAUAAGAUGAUCAGCUCCAACGAUCGUUCUACAGAAAUGCUUGAAAAGGAAUUCCCAUUACUAGGCGUCCCUAUGACAGUGAAAGAAAGUAUUGCUGUGGAAGGUAUGAGCAAUGACUCGGGUACAGUUCACCCCUACCGGAAGCCGGCCACAAAGGACGCUGAGAUUGUACGCCUAGCGAGAGCAGCCGGGGCCAUACCUAUAGCUGUGACUAAUGCUCCACAAUUGUGCAUGAAUUGGGAGACUUAUAACAACGUCACAGGACUUACAAUGAACCCUUAUGACCAGAAGCGAACCGCGGGCGGCUCUUCAGGCGGCGAGUCGGUGCUCAUAGCAGCUGCUGCGUCGGUGAUCGGUGUGGGUUCGGAUAUAGCUGGUUCGUUGCGACUUCCUCCCAUGUUCAAUGGGAUAUUUGGACAUAAGCCUACCCCCAGGCUUUUAUCUACUGAAGGUCAUGUACCAGAUUGCCUGGAUCCUGAUUUUGAUGAAUACUUCACACUCGGCCCUAUAACCAGAUAUGCUGAGGAUUUGACGUUAUUACUCAAAGUAUUGAGGCAACCGACCGGCCCUGAAGUACCUUUAGAAAAACCGGUAGACCUAACACGAUUGAAAUACUAUUACAUGGACGGGGAUGGUGGUUAUGUACUAAAUAAAAUAGGACCAGAUGUACGAAAGGCUAUUGACAAAGCAAAAGCCUAUAUUAACAGUACUUACAAUUUAGAAGUUCAAAAGCUCCAAAUCGAGAAUAUACAACACAUGUGGGAGAUAAGUGUCAGAGUUUUGUUUAAAAUCAAACACGUUAGAAAUAUUUAUACUGACCCAAAAGAGAGAGAGCAGUUAAUAUCAAUGUGGCCUGUUGUAUUGAAAAAGCUCUUAGGAAUGUCUGACCAUAAUUUGACGUGUGUCGCCUAUGGGCCGGCUCAGAAAUUCUUUGACAGUCUACCAGAUAGGUACUAUAAGAAGUUGCUGUCAAUAUUCGAACAAAUUAAAAGGGAUAUAGCAAACGCGCUGUCAGACAACGCUGUACUCUUUUUCCCGACGUACCCGAAUCCGGCGCAUCUACACUACAGAAUCUUCUAUAAAUUCUUGGACUGUGGAUAUUUGACGAUAUUCAACGCGCUGGGGUUGCCAUCUACCAAUUGUCCACUUGGAUUAACCGAUAAUGGGUUACCAGUGGGAAUGCAGAUAGUUUCAAAUAGGUGUAAUGACCACCUCACUAUUGCAGUGGCGAAAGAAUUUGAGAAGGCCUUUGGUGGCUGGGUCCCGCCGAAUAAAGAAGUUUUCGAAAGUGUUAAGACUGCAUGAAUUAAGUCUAAAUUUGAGUAGAAAAUGAUACUAAGGCCCUAUUUAGUUUUCUAUGAACUAGGCGUCUCUUUACGACUUACGUUUAUUAUAAUUAUAUAAUUUAUGGCAUGCCAGUACAAUUUGACAGUUACCAGGCCAUAAACUCUUCAAAAAAAGAAAACAAUUUGACAUCACUUAACAUUGAAUUUCCAUUUAUUGCACAAAAGAGCAUUGUGAUAUUAAAAGUCUUGUGUUAAUAAAUUCAAAACUAAUAAUAAUGUUAGAAAAAAUAUUAUCGUGAUGUUAGUGAGUCGGACUCAAUCAAUACUAGGAGUAAUGAAUAUAGGAAGCUUAAAAGGAUUGGCUUUUUUAAUUAUAACUGUGAUUAGUAAGACAUUCUUAGGUAACUGUAUUAUAAUGUAAAACCCUAAGAAAUACCAAAAAUACAUCACAAAUUAAAAUUAUGAAUCAGUAUAAUUUCUAGUUAUAAGUUUUUUUAAUGUGUUCAUAACAAAUGUUUCGAAAA